AUGUCAGUCAAUCGAGAUUUAACAAACGCUGCUUUAGAGUCACCAUCUAUCAUGUCUGUAAGUUUGGAUCGUAGAGAAUAUGAAAAUGCUUUAUUGAUGACUGGUCAGCUUCACAUAGUUCAUGGGAAGAAUUUAAAAGAUGAAGGAAAAUUGGAAGAAGCCCUGAAACAAUAUGAGUUAGGCAGAAGCUUCAUUGAUCAAUAUGCUCAGAUGAAAGACUUAAUUACCAAUUCAUCUAUCACACCAGGAACAUCGGUAACAUUGUUGGGUGUUUUACAAGUUUAUGAAUCAAUGAAACGUAAUGAUGACUAUGUGGAUUUGAUAACAAAAUGUAUAAACAAUUUGGAAAGUGAAAAUAUGGAAAUUCCAGAGGAAAUACUAAUGGGAGACCCUAUCUUGACCUCGAGAUUAUAUUUACCUCAGUUAUCCGAUCUACUGUAUGCACGAGCUAACCUAUUAUCGAAACAACAUGGUCAGUCAAUAAUACAAGCUUAUUAUGAUUUGAAAAAAGCAUUACGUUAUUGCCCAAAUCAUUCAGAAAGCUACAACUUAUUGCAUCAACUUGAAACUAUAUCCUCCAAUAAACAAGAGGAAGCUGUUGAAUUAAUGUUGAAAAAUCGUUUCUUUGAUUCAUUACAUUCAAUCACUAUAGCGAUUUAUGCCCAACCAGAGAAUAUUUCAUUAUAUUUUGAUAAAGGAGCAAUCCUAAGGAAACUUGACAGAUUAACCGAGUCUUUAGAUUGUAUUAUGCAAGGAAUAAAUUUAUUCAAUACAUGGAAUGAUACGAAUAAGAAGAACUCAACUGAUCUGUACCAAUUAGGGAGAAAUCAAUUAUUCCUUACAAUGAACUCUUAUGCAAUAAGACUAUUGAAACAAGAGAAAUACCAAGAAUUAAAUGAAUUAACUCGUCAACUCUUGGAAGUGGAUCCCAAAAAUUAUAGAUUAUUGAUUUUAUCUGCUGAUUGUCAAUAUUUUCUGAAUAAUUAUGAAAAAGCACUUGAAGAAUAUGAAAACGCAAAGUCAAUAAUUAGUAAACUAUUGACCGAUUCUAAUCAUUGCAUUUGUGAUAACAAUGUGAUGAAAAUUCCCGAAAGUAUUAAUUCAAUCAAUGCAAGAAUCUGCUUAGCUUGUUACCAGUUAAGUAAAAGUAGAAUUAAACAAAGUGACUGGUUAAAUGCAAUAAAUUAUUUAGAUCGCUGUAUUCGUUUAGCACCAUUUCAAUCAGAAUUUUACAUGACACGUGCACUAGUUCAUUACCAAUCAAAUCAUACUAAGCAUUCGUGGAAUGAUAUAUUAAUUUUCGUUUAUUUGAAUUUAAGUGACUGGGCAUUGUGUCAAAGAACAAACGGUAAAUGGUCUAUAUAUCCAAUGUGGUAUCAAACUAUUGUACAUAAUCGAUUCCUCAGUCAAGUUAAUGAACAACUCGGUCCAUUAAUUCAUCGUCUCACACCAAAAUAUAUUGAUUUGGUAAAAGUUGCGAAUUCUAAAGAAUGUGAACUGUCUUUACUUAAGAAUUUACGAAGAAUAAUGAAUGAAAACAAAUGUGCUGCAUGUCAGAGAGCCCGUAAUGCUUCAACUACUAAAAUUACCUUUCCUACUAAUGGUAAUCAAGAGACGUUAGAAAAUCCGAUUGAUUGGUUAAAUAAACAUGUGUGGUUUAAUUUAUAUUCAGAGCCUAGAGAUGACAAUGUUAUUAAAAUGCGUUUCGGAAAUUCAGAUGAUAUUACUCAGAAAACAUUCACUGAUGUACGUGAAGAUGACUACAAACAAAUCAAUGCCAAAAUUAAAGAAAUUCGUCAAAAGAAUUUUGCCAGACAAUACACGUACACAAAAUGA